UAUGAUGACCUUCGCAGCAAGAUGUUAUUUGGGCAGGAAAAUGUUUACAGGGAACCAGAAAAUAAGCUUGUCAACGUAUAAAAAUUUAAUAGGUGUAAGAAAGCCAAGACAAACUGGCCUGACGAAAGGCUAUCUGCUAAAUUGUGCCCAAUGCAUAAACGCCUUGGGAUUGUACCAACAAAAGUUGUACGCAGCCUUCAUCAUACGACCAAUGGUCUCUUCAAGUCGCGCAUAUUCGACAAUUUCAGAAAUACAAGUCGAGUUCGACUCAGAACACUAUAAAUUUACCAUUACACUCCACGAAGAGAUACAAACAAUAUGCCUGAAAGAAGGUCAAAAAGUCAAGCACUUAAUCGAUGCCAUAUGCAAAGCAUAUCCAUCUACUAAAAAUUUGAUGGUGCUUUCAGCUUCAAAAGAACGGCUGGCUCUAUCUUCACCUAUUACAGUCAUGGUCGAUGGCAACGACGCCUACACAUUAGAAAUAGAUAAUAUCUCAUAUCCAGUAAAACCAGUGUGCGCUAUCAAACAAUCACAUGCGGAUUCUCUGACGGCACUAAAAAAAAACCAAACUCUGCAAAAUUGCUAUGAUUAUGUCGAAAAACUAAAAAGCCAAAAUGUUAAAAAAGUGGCACUGGAAGAUUACUUAAUAUUUACCAAAAACGAGGGAUUAGACACCAAUGACUCCCUCGAAUGCCUUCAUACAUUGCACAGUCACGGUGUCGUGUUGCUUUUUCAAAAUCACCCAGAACUCGGCAACACUAUUAUUCUAAAUCUUGAGGAGAUCUCAACGACCUUGCUGCACUCUCUAGAAUCACUAAGGCAGCAUCACUCAACUCCAGAAGAGACAGAAAAAUACAUGUUGGAAUCAGAGCAACUAGGUAAGCAAUAUCGCAUCAAUGCGGAAAUAAAGGCAAAAAAAUACACUACAUUCUUCAUGUACGUCAUCCUAUGCGGUCUGAUUUUCCAAUCUCUACUAUUCGCACGCCUCACAUGGUGGGACUACUCGUGGAAUGAAAUAGAGCCCAUAACCUACUUCGUGUCUGUCAUGGAAAUGAUCAUGCUUAGGUACCUGUACUACCUUAUCAGAAGAAAAGACUAUUCCAACAGAGACUUGAAUACCUGGAUUUAUGAUAUUUGCAUUAAGCGACAAUUGAAGAAAUAA